AAGAGGGUUGUUUGAAUGUUGGUUGGAUAUCUUUUUUUUGUAUCAAAGCAAAAUGUAUCUAUAAUAGAGGUAAUCAGGGGAGCCCUGCCCUGAUCCACUCUGGCAGGAGUACUUCCCAUAGAACUGAGCCCCAUGAUUGGGUCAUUUCAGAUAAGAUGUGCCCUGGUCUCUUGCAGAAGGGCAUUUUCAAACAGAGGUUCCUGGUUGGGACUUUGGUCCCCAUGACGGAGUUUGAAGGGAAGGGGCAAAGAGCAUUGGUCACUGAACAGGAAGAACUACUCACUAGACUUCCAAAUCACAGGUGACUGGAGAGCAAUCCUGAGGAGUUGAUGUUUCUAGCCUUGUCAAGAAGCUCAUGAGGAGUUUCAGAGGUUGGGAGCUCCUGGAUCCACAUGCUAGUUGCUCAGCAGGUGAUCUCAGCAAUAACAUGUUGGAGGAGAAAAAAAUGAUCACAGCCAGGAAGAUGAACAAAAGCUACGCCCCAACCUGCCAGAGGAUAUAACCUUAAGUCAGUGAAGAUCCAAGGUGAAAAUGUCUGUUCAGCAGUCCUACAAAAUGUUUCAUGUUUUAAUAUUUUAAGUAUCAUCCUCCUGGGAGAAUAUAAUAGGAGUGAUGAAUUAUUGUAUCUUGCUUUAAAUAUUUGCUAGUAUGCACUUAGGGGUCUUCUGGGCUUCAAGCAUUUCUUUUGUGGUAGAAAUAAAUAGCUGUCCUAUGCCGGAUUGUAUUGUGGAAUUUGAAAAUUGGAAAGGACCUCAGUGGCCAUCUGGUGAAACCCAUAAAUGAAGGAAUCUCCACUGUCACGUACCUGACAAGCACUCAUUCAGCCUCUGCUGGAAGACUUCCAAAGAAGGGGAACCCACCACCCCUUGAGACAAACUAUCCUUCUUUUAGACAGCUUUCAUUGUUAGGAAGAUUUUCCUGACGUUUGCCUUUUUGCAGUUUCCUCUUAUUGCUCCUGGUCGGGCACUUUGGGGCAACACAAAACUGCACCAGUCCUUCUUCCACAUGUGUCCUUUACUUGAACAGAGCUCUGCUGACCCACCGAGACUUCUUUUCUGCAGGCUAAACAGGCUCAGUUCUUUCCAGAGAUCAAGUACAUUGGUGAGAGGGGGGAAAGGUGGCUUGGAAGCUAAUUAGCUGUGUGACCUUGGGCUUCCCAUCCCAGAACCCCAAUUUAUUCAUCUGUAAAAGAGAUUGUAAUAGAUGUUCCCUCAGGUCCUUCUUCGCAGUGAAGUGUAGGGGAGGAAGAUUACCUGGGCGCAAUCACUGAAAGAUGCUUACUUGAAAAGAUCAUUUACAGCUGGGGUGGGGGAGGGAAAUGGCAGCUUACAAUUCCUCCCAUUUAGAGUUUAGGAAAAUUGAGUCUGAAAUCCGGGAAGGGGAGCCGAGGCCUAGAGGUCGGGUGGUACUCUAAGGAGCAGAAGUACCCUAGCCCCGGGCUGAACAUCUCAAAAAACUGAAUGAGCCCCAACCUCCGCCCCGAACAUCCAGACAGCCAAUCCUACCUAGGGGUGGAGCUGCCAUUAGGUUGCCUUGGCCAAUAGAGAAGGAGGGCGGAGCCGGGGGGGUGUCCCAGGGUAUGUGUGUCGGGAGGAAGGUUCCCCAGGGCGUGCUGCUGCUCUGGUAGCGCCUGGCAGAGCUGGCUGAGCAGUCGCGGGGAGCUGCAUGGAGGACCCCAACGGCGUCGGGCCCGGGGCGGGCAGCCCACCUGGGAACGGUAGCAGCAGCGGAGGAGGAGGAGGCAGCAAGGGAAAGCAGGCGUCGCCCAAGGGCCGGGAAAUGUUCAAGAACCAGCGGAGGGAGUCUGAGGGCUCUGUGGACUGCCCCAACCUGGAGUUCGAGUACGGGGACGCUGAUGAACAUGGGGCCGAGCUGUCAGAACUGUACAGCUACACUGAGAACCCAGAAUUCACUGUCAACCGGCACUGCUUUGAAGAGGAUUUCAGGACUCAAGUACAAGGCAGGGGUUGGCUGGAACUGGAGGAGGCCUCACAGAAAGCCUACAUAAUGCGCCUCUUGGACCGGUUGGAGGUGGUUAACAGGGAACAACGGCUGAAAGUAGCCCGGGCUAUCCUCUACCUGGCCCAGGGAACCUUUGGUGAAUGUGACACAGAGGCUGAUGUCCUGCACUGGUCACGAUAUAACAGCUUUCUGCUCUACCAAAUGGGAACUUUCACUGCCUUCCUGGAGCUGCUGCGCAUGGAGACUGACAACACUCAGGCCUGUAGCAGUGCCCUUCGGAAACCAGCCAUCUCCCUUGCAGACAGCACAGAACUCAGAGUGCUGCUCAGUGUCAUGUACCUGAUGGUGGAAAACAUUCGCCUGGAAUGGGACACAGACCCUAGCGGCUGGAGGGCAGUCCGGGAAACCUUCCAAACGGAGCUGAGCUUCCCGGUACAUAGUGAGGAGCCCUUUGUUCUCCUGCUUUUCUCCAUGAUCACCAAAUUCUGCAGCGGCCUCGCCCCUCACUUCCCCAUGAAGAAGGUCCUGCUUCUGCUCUGGAAGGUGGUCCUGUUUACCCUGGGUGGUUUUGAGACCCUACAGGCCUUGAAGAUACAGAAGAGGGCAGAAUUUAGCUUGCCCCCGCUGGCAGAGGACAGCAUCCAGGUGGUCCGCAGCAUGAGGGCCGCCUCACCCCCCUCUUACACCCUGGACCUGGGGGAGUCACAGAUGGCACCACAGUCCUCCAAACAACGAGGCCGCCGGGGGCGGAAGCAGCUCCUCACCAAGCAGGACAGCCUGGACAUCUACAAUGAACGUGAUCUCUUCAAGAAUGAGGAGCCUCCCCCAGAGGAGGAGGAGGAGGCAGGAGAAGGAGAGAACACCCUGGAUGGAGAGCUUGACCUGCUGGAGCGGGGACCACUGGUCCCACCUCGACCCUCCCAGACUCCCACCACAGAGCGUGUGACUUUCCCUAAGGGUUUACCAUGGGCCCCCAAGGUCAGACAGAAGGACAUUGAGCACUUCUUGGAGAUUAGUAGGAACAAAUUCAUCGGCUUCACCCUGGGGCAGGAUACAGACACCUUGGUGGGAUUGCCAAGGCCCAUCCAUGAAAGUGUGAAGACCUUGAAGCAGCACAAGUACAUCUCCAUCUCUGACAUUCAGAUCAAGAAUGAAGAAGAGCUGGAGAAGUGUCCCAUGUCCCUGGGAGAAGAGAAGGUGCAGCAGACCCCGUGUGAAAUCCUUUACCAGGCCAUGCUGUAUAAUCUCCCACAGUACAUGAUUGCUCUGCUGAAGAUUCUCUUGGCUGCAGCCCCAACUUCCAAGGCCAAGACAGAUUCAAUCAACAUCCUGGCAGACGUCUUGCCAGAGGAGAUGCCCAUCACUGUGCUUCAGAGCAUGAAGCUGGGCAUCGAUGUGAACAGACACAAAGAGAUCAUUGUAAAGAGCAUCUCCACUGUGCUGCUACUGCUGCUGAAGCACUUCAAACUCAACCACAUCUACCAGUUUGAAUAUGUGUCUCAACACCUGGUGUUUGCCAACUGUAUUCCCUUGAUCCUGAAAUUCUUCAAUCAAAAUAUCUUAUCCUACAUCACAGCCAAAAACAGCAUCUCAGUCCUGGAUUAUCCCUCCUGUACCAUCCACGAUUUGCCAGACCUUACUGCUGAAAGCCUGGAAGCUGGAGACAACAAUCAGUUCUGCUGGAGGAACCUAUUUUCCUGUAUCAAUUUACUCAGGCUGCUUAACAAACUGACCAAGUGGAAACAUUCCAGGACCAUGAUGUUGGUGGUGUUUAAAUCUGCCCCUAUCCUCAAGCGGGCACUCAAGGUUAAGCAGGCCAUGUUGCAGCUGUACGUAUUAAAGCUGCUGAAGAUCCAGACCAAGUACUUGGGGCGUCAGUGGAGGAAAAGCAACAUGAAAACCAUGUCAGCCAUCUAUCAGAAAGUGAGGCACCGCAUGAAUGAUGACUGGGCUUAUGGCAAUGACAUUGAUGCCAGGCCAUGGGACUUCCAAGCAGAAGAGUGCACUUUAAGGGCCAACAUUGAGGCCUUUAACAGCCGGCGCUAUGACAGACCCCAGGACUCAGAGUUUGCACCUGUGGAUAACUGUUUGCUGAGUGUCCUGGGGCAGAAGCUGGAACUCCCUGAGGAUUUCUAUUAUUCAUAUGAGCUCUGGUUGGAGAGGGAGGUGUUUUCACAGCCCAUCUGUUGGGAGGAGCUACUCCAGAGUCACUGACUGGGCUCUCAUCUGUGUCCCACACAGUGUUGAAUGCCAUGGGGAAAACACCCCCCUCACCACACACACACACACAAAUGGGAUCCUGCCCACUCUGCUCCCUCCACCUUUUAGAAGCUCUCCUAAUUUUAAUUCAGAUCCAAAGCUCCAGGUCCAGAAUGGGGAGAGCUUGGUUUGAAAGGUUAGGGGAAAGGGGAGCAGCUGUCUCAGCCCUAGAUCCUUCUUUCCCUGCCCAUCCUCUGGGAAAACGGUCUAAAUCCAGGACACACCUGGUGGGAUCAGGGCAAGGGGUGGAAGACAGGAUCCUAGGACCAAAACAUGCUACCCUAGAGCCAAUUUCCAAGAUCCAGAAUGGCUUUGAAUACUAAUGAGUCUUAUGGUGGGGGUGGGGAAGGCUCCAGAUCAGGGACACUCUGGACUGGAUUUCUCCCUGUUUCCCUUUGCCUUUGGUGGCUAGGAGAGCAUUCCCUAGGCUCUCUGGGGCUUUCUGACCCAUGGCAUUCACUUCAGUGUAAGACUUACAACCCUUAUUAUCCUAAACUAGGUAACUAGUAGUGCAGAAUGAAGGAAGACAAGUGUUUUUGUGGUUCAGUCCUAGGUUUCUUAAGACUUUGCCUGGGGUUUUCCCCAAAUGCCAGCUUUGAAAUUGGGUUCUCUUUUCAAUCUCUUUCAAAGAUAUCUCAGGCACCCAUACCCUGUCAAACCAUAUAGGACUGUACAGGAAGUCAGUAUUGUUUCAAGGCCAUUUUGGGAGUGAGUCAAG